GUUAUGGAGCUGGUGGAGUCUGGUUUGAAUCGUAGGAGAAACUUCCGCUUCUUUCUUCUAUGUAAACAUGAUGCAUUUUAUCUUUACCUUGGUUUAAAUUCUGGGUAUGGCGUCUUUAGACAGGCUGGGGGCUCUGAGAGAGCGUAAUAAAGAUUUAAUAAACCAGUUAAAGCAGCAGAGAGAGAAACUACAGCAGCUCUGCGGCUGCGGUCAGAGUCGCAAGAGGGAGAGAGAGGACGGGGCCGAGGAGGAUAGAGAGCCCGCAGAGGUCCUGACCCUGAUCGGAGAUGACGGCGGUCCAGCCCGGGCAGCCCUCUCCAAACCUACUGUGAGAUUUGCGGAUGAAUGUGAGAGGCAAACAGGAAUCCACCACAAUAGAUCAACACCAUCUUUGACCUCCAAUCACAGCAGUGGGAGAACUGAACACACCUCGGCAUCAGACCAGUUCGAAGACAGCGAUGGCUAUCCUCAGGUCCAUAACAGACUGCAGGAUUCACAGACCGCUAGAAUCAAGUCCUGUUUAGCAAGUAAAAGCAAGGAGCAGAGGGAGGAGCAGAAUCAGGUCAUAUCUCAGUCAGAUGAAUGUGAAGAGAUAUCUGUUUCAGACAGGCAUCAUUUGCAGCCUUUACUGGGCUAUGACUGGAUAGCAGGAGUCCUGGAUGCUGAAGACUCCUUGAUUGAGCGCUCUGACGAGUUCUUCAAUGACCUGCACGUGUUUCGAUUGCUUAAUAGAGACGAGUGUGUCCACAGCCCACAAACGGAGUUUACUGAUGAUAGUCAAUCAGUCCUGCCACCACUAACAGACAGGGAUGACCCAGAGGCUAAUGUAGACACUCAUCAGUGCAUGUUCUUCUACAGGAUCAACAGCAGGCUGUUCCCGGUGCCUCUUCACUAUCAGGAGAGCUGCCCAGUGUGCAAAAAGCACAAGUCCUCUCACCCACACACUACUGCUGAACCAGCUCUCAUCAGGGUCAGCAUCCCUCGCUCAACAAUCUUGCCACCUUACAAAUACAAAGCUCAUCGGCGCAGCAGUUUUGACCCUUCUGACCGACUAGGAUUACCAUCUCACUGUCUCUCUGGUUGGUCAAGCAAAGGUCAGAGCACUCUGCCUCCACCCAGCAGCCUUGACCUGAGGAGCAGUCUACACAAAAAGAGCUCAGAUGAGUUGCUAGAGGAUCUCUCUGCACCCAUGAAGUCCAGUAACCAGCUCAAUGACCAGAUCUCAGAUGUAUCCCGCUUGGCCCGUCACAAAUUCCAACAUUUCUCUCCUAAAAGAAAACUGGGAAGCACAUCCUACCUUCUGCACUGACAAGUCAUUUAAGUGUGGUUUUAAUGGAUUAAAGUGGUUCUUGUGAGCCUUCACAGGAUGCUCA